AUGUCAACCCAAAUGAACUAUGCCGCCCUUAUCAAAGACCAUGUUUUGACCGGCCCUAACUAUGUUGACUGGAGGAGGAACAUCAAGUUACUCUUGUCUGCGGAAGGUCUAAUGUCUGUCCUGGAUGAAGAUGAGCCUGAAUUGCCUAAUGAGGAGAACCCUGAAUCGAAGCCUGGCUAUGAGUUGUUUCGACAGAAAAACUCUAAGGCAAAACUCCUCGUGUUGAGUUCUCUAGAGAAGACCAUCACUGAUUCGGUCAAGGAUCUGUACUUGACCGAGGACAUGAUGGAGGAGUUGAAGGAGAUGUAUGGGAGGGAAGAACGUCAUGCCCAUCAUCAACUGGUGACACUCCUCCAUGGUACGAAGAUGGUUCAAGUUACUCGGAUUAUUGACCAUGUCAUGAAACUGAGGAACUUGUUCCUGGAUCUGGAGAACCUUGGGACUUCAUUCAAGUUGAAUUAUAAGACGGAUGUCAUCUUCCACUCAUUGCCUCAGGACAUCCACGGAUCGUUUAUUGUCAAUUACAAUAUGAAUAAACUUUUCAUGGAACUCCCUGAGCUGGGCAACAUGUUGCAAGAGGUGGAAGUUGCAUUUAAGAAGCAGAAAGUGGAGAAAGUCAUAGUUAGUAAGCAUGCAAAUUUUCUUGAGGAUGACACGAUCUCACUAAGAUCAGAUCCAGUGGUCAUUAAAGAAAUUACUGAUGACCAAGUACCUUCAGCAUCGACAGAGGUUCCAGUUGACGUACCCAGGUGUCUGACUGUUCAGACACAGAUCCUUAUACUUACGAUGAGGCUCUUAAGGACGUUGACUCAGUGA